AUGUGUUGGCCCCUUCUUUUCGCUGCCCUGACCCAGGUCGUACGCGCUGCCUGCGCAUCCGAGACAUAUGACUACGUUAUAGUUGGAGGAGGUCCAGCAGGACUUAUUGUCGCAAAUAGACUAUCCGCCGAUCCCAAUAUCACUGUUGCAAUUAUUGAAGCUGGAGAUUCAGCAUAUGACAACCCGAACGUCUCGUAUGUGCCGAAGUCAAUUACCGAGUAUGGCCUAUUCAUCGGGACAUCAAUCGACUGGGGUUAUAUGACUGCUCCUCAGAAGUAUGUGGGAAACACAAGCUUGAACUACUGGGCUGGAAAGGCAUUGGGAGGCAGCACUACGAUCAAUGGAAUGACGUACCUGCGCGCUGAAAAGGAUCAAAUUGACGCGUGGGAAGAAUUGGGAAACGAGAAUUGGAACUGGGAUAAUUUAUUGGAGUAUUUCCUGAAACAAGAGGGGUUCCAGGAGCCGAACGAGGUAUUACAGCAUGAAGGCGCCAUCUUCAAGGAUGAUGCGCAUGGAAGGACGGGAGAGCUUGCUGUAGGCUUCACACCAUACCUAGUUGGCCAAGGGUUUGUCGAUAUCCUCAAAGAGACUUCCGAAGCCAUAGGCUAUCCUUACAACAAGGAUGCGAACGACGGUAACAUGCGUGGCUUCAACACCUGGCCUAUGACGCUGAACGAAACUGGACCAACAAGAGCAGAUGGAGCAAGAUCGUUCUACUUUCCUGUUGCAUCACGGCCGAAUCUCCAGGUUUUCUUCAACACUACAGCUGCACGCAUCAUCUGGGACGACGAACAAUCAGCGACGUCUGGAGUGGUUGCCUUAGGUAUUGAGGUGAUCGAUGCUAGAAACGUGACUGAUACUAUCAGCGCUUCGAAAGAAGUCAUUGUUGCAGCUGGGGCGAUCAGAUCACCAGCAUUCCUUGAGCACUCUGGCGUCGGUAAUCCUGCCAUACUUGAGCCUCUUGGUAUCAAGACUGUCAACCCGCUCCCCUCUGUUGGGUCGAACUUACCAGACCAGCCACAGAAUGGAAUAGUGUACAACUCGUCCACAAAUUGGACGGGUUACCCUACCUUCGUUACAUACCCAACAGCUUCCGACCUGUUCGGAGACGAGCUACCCGCGCUCGUGAAAGAGAUUCGAGCCAAUCUGAGCGCAUAUGCAGAAACUAUCGUCGCAGACUACGCAUCCAACACCAUAUCCGUCGAGACUCAGAAGCAGCUCCUGGAGCAUCAAGUAGACCUGGUCUUCGAUUCUGAAAGCACCGUUCCGUUAGCGGAAAUUCUAUGGGCGCCGACAGGCAAUCAGAUCAUCGCACAACUCUGGAAUCUGAUACCACUUUCCCGAGGCUCAAUACACAUUCAGUCGACAGAUGCAAACUCACCGCCGAGUAUCGAUCCAAACUUUCUACAGUUGCCCAUCGAUAUUUAUGUGCAAGCUGCUGCAGCAAUCAGUAUACGCAAACAUUUUGCGACCUCACCGCUGGCCGAGCACACUGUAGGUGAGGUUUCGCCCGGUUUCGAAGCAGUGCCUCAGCAUGCGAGCUGGAGGGAUACAGCUUGGGAGACUUGGAUCAAGAAGUCUUUGGGCGGUAACUCACAUCCUGCGAGUAUUUGCGCGAUGAUCAGUAAAGACCUGAGUGGCGUGGUAGAUACGGAAGGCAAAGUUUAUGGAACUGAGAAUGUUCGGGUUGUCGAUGCCAGCGUCUUUCCAACGCAGAUUUCGGGGCACCUGAGUGCUUCUGUAUACGCCAUUGCCGGACGCAUCGCGGAUAUCAUCAUCAGGGGGAGGUCAGGUUGA